AUGGAUAGCAUGGAUAGUGCUGAAAAUGUUGAAAAUCGGUUUAUUGCCUCUUAUCAAAGCUUAGAGGAAAGGUUAGGAGCUAACCUGCUUAUUUGUCAAUUCCCGAUUGGCGGAAAUCAAGGAAUUGAAGGAGUUAUUGAUUUAAUAGAAGAAAAGGCUUACUAUUUUCAACGCGGAGACCAAGCAGAAAAUUACCAAAUUAAAGAAAUACCAGUUCAUUUACACCAAAAAGCCCAAACUUAUCGGCAAAAUUUAUUAGAAAAAAUUGCUCUUUAUGACGAAGAGUUUGGUUUAAAAUAUCUCGGAGGGCAACCCUCCUCGGCUUCCGAAAUAAAAAAAUUAAUUCGCCGAAUGGUAAUUAGUGGCGAGCAUUUUGCGGUUUUUUGCGGUUCAGCCUAUAAACAUGUCGGAGUAAAACUACUGCUAGAUGGGGUAACUGAUUAUUUACCCUCGCCGCUUGACCGGGACCGAAUUACCGUAUUUUCGGAAGGAAAAGAAGAAGAGAUUUCAGUGCUAAAUUAUCCUCAUUCCUUAGCCUUAGCUUUUAAAAUUGUGAACCUUUCUUUUGGCAAACUUACCUUUAUUCGUGUUUACUGUGGCAAAAUUUCGGCUAGUUCCUAUGUUUACAACCUCAAUAAAGAAAAAAAAGAAGGGGUUGCCCGCUUGGUACGGAUACACGCCAAUAAACAAGAGCACAUACGGGAAGCAAACAUGGGUGAUAUUGUGGCGGUAAUUGGUCUAAAACAUACUACUACCGGAGACACUUUAUGUAGUGCAAAACAAGAAAUUUUGCUCGAACAAAUUAGUUUUGCCGAACCAGUAAUUUCCUUAGCGGUAGAGCCAAAAACCAAAGAGGACCAAGACAAAUUAGACAAGGGCUUAAAGUCCUUAUUCGAAGAAGAUCCGACUUUUCAUGCUAGUUAUAAUUCGGAAACUGGACAAAUGAUUAUUAGUGGAAUGGGGGAACUACAUUUAGAAGUUUUAGUAGAAAGGUUAAGAAGCGAGUUUGGAGCGGAAGUUAAAGUUAGCAAGCCGCAAGUGGCUUACCGAGAAACUAUUACUAAGAAUUUAGAAAAUGUGGAAGCGCAGUAUAAAAAACAAAGUGGUGGAAGUGGGCAUUUUGCUAGAAUUUGGAUUAAUUUUGAGCCUAACGAGAGAGGUAAAGGGUUUGAAUUCAUCGACCUUAAAAAAGGCCAGGAAAUGUCAAAUAAAGAUGCCGAAGAAGUUAAAGAAGGAUUAGAAGAAGCAAUGUUGUCUGGCUUGCUCUUAAACUGUCCUUUAUUAGAUGUGAAAGCGACCUUGCUCGGAGGAAAAAGGCAUGAAGUAGAUACCAAGCCGGGGGAUUUUAAAAUGGCUGCUAUUUCAGCUUUUCGCGGAAACGGGCUGGAAGAAAGAAAACAAAGAGCACAAGAUUUAGGUGUGAUCUUGCUAGAACCGAUUAUGAAACUAGAAGUAAGCAACAUUCCGGAAAAUUAUUAUGGGACAGUUUUAGCUAGCAUUACUUCUCGCCGCGGGAUAGUAGAAGGCAUUGAAAAAAAAAAAAUAACUUACCUUUUAAGGGCUAACAUACCUCUCGCCGAAGUUUUUGGUUAUUCGACCAUUUUGCGUU